GGAGGCUGCCGCGCCUGCUGCUCCUGCAUUGGUGUCUCCCCUAUGGACGAAAACAGCCCUCUGUCUCCCAAGGCAAAUGCUUUCAGUAUCGCCUCUCUGAUUUCAGUCGCCGCCGCCGAGCAAGCAGGGAAAGGAGAGCUGGAGGAGCGCCGCGGCGGCCGCAGCGCGCCCGCCCGCCCCGGCUGCCGCCCUCAGAAGAUGCACUUCAGCACCGUCACCAGGGACAUGGAAGCUUUCACGGCCAACAGCCUGAGCAGCCUGAACGCCUCCGGGGGGUACCACCUCUCCCCCUCCCCGGGGGACCCGUACGGACAGCAUGAGCCGCCGCACUACGAGCCCUGCACGGCUCAGCAGCACCCGCACCCGCCGCCCCAGCCCCAGCACGGCUACCCUUUCGGCGGGGCGGCGGCGGCGGCGGCCGGGACCAACCCGCCGGCCCCAGGCCCCGAGCAGCCCGAGGGCGCCGGUGGAGCCGCUGCGGGGCCGGCCGCAGUCUCGGGCUGCUCUGCGGGGGCGGCCGCCGCGGCCAAGGCGCCGGUGAAGAAGAACCCGAAAGUGGCCAACGUGAGCGUCCAACUAGAGAUGAAGGCGUUGUGGGACGAGUUCAACCAGCUGGGCACCGAGAUGAUCGUCACCAAGGCAGGCAGGCGCAUGUUCCCCACCUUCCAGGUGAAGAUAUUUGGGAUGGACCCUAUGGCUGACUACAUGCUCCUCAUGGAUUUCGUCCCGGUGGAUGACAAGCGCUACCGGUACGCCUUCCACAGCUCCUCCUGGCUGGUGGCUGGCAAAGCCGACCCCGCCACCCCCGGGAGAGUCCAUUACCACCCGGACUCUCCGGCCAAAGGGGCGCAGUGGAUGAAGCAGAUCGUUUCCUUCGAUAAGCUCAAGCUGACCAACAAUUUGCUGGAUGACAACGGGCAUAUCAUUUUGAACUCCAUGCACAGAUACCAGCCGCGUUUUCACGUGGUCUACGUGGACCCCCGGAAAGACAGCGAGAAGUACGCGGAGGAGAACUUCAAAACUUUCGUCUUCGAGGAGACGCGCUUCACGGCAGUGACCGCCUACCAGAACCACCGGAUCACGCAGUUGAAGAUUGCAAGCAACCCUUUUGCCAAGGGAUUCAGAGACUGUGACCCUGAGGACUGGCCCAGGAACCACAGGCCAGGGCCUCUUCCUCUCAUGAGUGCUUUUGCCAGAUCCCGGAAUCCAGUCUCUUCCCCAGCCCACCAGAACGGGACAGAGAAAGAUGCAGCCGAGAGCCGGCGGGAGUUCGAGCGGGAGGCCGGCGGGACGGCGCUGCACCAGGCCGAGGCCGCGCACCAGCAGCUCAUGUCCCGCGUGCUCAGCCCGGCGCUGCCGGGCGGAGGCGGCGGGCUGGUGCCGCUGGCCGGGGCGGGCGGCGGCCGGCCCAGCCCGCCGCACCACGAACUGCGCCUGGAGCCCGCCGCGUCCGAGCCGCUGCACCACCAUCCCUACAAGUACCCGCCGGCGGCGGCCGCCGCCUACGACCACUACCUGGGGGCGAAGAGCCGGCCCGCCCCCUACCCCCUCCCCAGCAUCCGCGGGCACAGCUACCACCACCAUCAUCACCACCACAUGAACGCGGCGGCUGCGGCGGCGGCGGCCGCCAACAUGUACUCGCCGGCCGGGGCACCCGCCGGCUACGACUACGGGCCCCGGUAACGGGGCACCGGCGGCACGAGAGACACCGCCCUCCCCCUUCCCGCCUUUCCCCCACCGCCGCCUUACGAGUGAGCUGAUUGGCCAGCGUGACCUGAUCGACAGCCAGACAGCCCAAUCGCCGGCAGCCGCGCCCCGCCCUGUGGGGGCUGUGAGGGCGGCGGUGCCGGGAGCUCCAUCGCGGUGUGACCCGCGGCUGCACUUUGAUAAAUGAAGCCAUAUGUCCUUAUCUCUCUGUUCCCCCGCGCCUCCCUUCGUGCCGGGCACCGAGGACCGUCGGGCGGCUGGGAUACGGUGGGAGGACGGUGAGGCGGCAGCGGUGAAGUGACUUAUCUUCUCUCACUCGCCCGCCGGGCCUUCUGCUGGAGGUUUGGUGUUGGCGGUGCCCCCGGGCCUGUACGUGAGCACCGAGCGGGGCCUGUGGGCCGGCCCUGGGCCGUGUGUCGUCCUGCACUUGUCGGUGUCAGUCUGUCCCAAGCCGGGGCACACCGGGGGCUGGUUCACAGGUGGCUCAGGUGGUUCUUUGAGGAGAUUCCUGGGGAAGCAGAGUUUAGUUUAAGGGAGUGCUUUGAAUCCUCACUGCCAGAACAAAUUGCCCACUUCUCCUCCGGCCCUGACCCAUUUGUAAGUUUUGGGGUUCACUGGGAUGCCUUAAGCAAAGCAGCAUUUUCUGGGGCUGUUGAGAAGGGCCUAUGGCCAAGAGCACAGACACGUGCAGCUGUGUUUGUAUCUUGUUUUCCCAACAAUACCUGCAAAGGUUUAAAAACCAGCUGGGGGUGGGGGGAUAUCUGCAGAUUUCAGGCUGUGUGUUUCCCACCUGCUUCCCAGGCAGCCUCACACAAUUAUGCCUUCCUGCAUCCUUUCCUGAGCUCUUGAAUACUCUCUCAUGGAGGUGCCUUUUAAAGGGACUUCAGGGUUUUUUUUCUGACUACUUCGCCCCUUAUAUUUGGCUGACCCAAACUGCAGUAGUUCUAAAGCAUCUAUUCUGCAUUACCUGCUUGCUGCAUCUUCCCUCUUAAUGCUGGUAAGUACUUUUUCUUUUUCCUUUAGUAUCUUCAUUCAGUAGUUAUUCCUUACUGCUAAAAAGAUGGCCCUGCUCAUCAGAGUUCUCCAGUGAUGUGUUUUGAAUAGUUGGCUUGUGUUUUUGUCAGAUGCUCACCGAAGGCAGUCCCUUUGUGUUCAGAGAAGGUAUUGAGCAGCUCCUCAGCUGUGUUGGUAUACAGUAUUAUGAACACUUUCCUGAUUCUUCCACAUGACUCCAUUAAAAGAUGGGGGCUGUUUCUUUUAAAGUCAUCUAUUCAUCCAUGUUUGUGCAUUUUCAUUAUAAACUCUUUAAAACAUGUUCUUUCCCUUGUGCAGGUGGCAGUGUUAAUAGCAAUGUUUAUUUUGUCUCUGGCAGUGGGCUUAGGGCUUCCAAAACCUUUUUGGAAAGGUUUAAGAAGGGAUACAGACUACCAUGAAUAUUUUAUGUAUUUUUUUUCUGUUAAAAAAAUAUAUCUGGAUCCAUAAAAAAAACUUGUGCAAGAAAUAUGUAUUUUAUUUGACAUUUGCAGUGAAUUGUGAGAUUCUUAAUGUCUGACUAAAGCAUAAUGUUCUCAGAAAGGUUGAUGUAAAAUAGCCUUGUGCUUAUUAUUAGUCAGUGGGAAAUGGCUCUCGGAUGUGCUCUGUUGCUGUUGCUUUGCCGCUGUUAUUUCAGAGGUUUCAGUAUGAUUUGUUAUCUGUAAACUGAUUAGUGCCAAAGCUUUGGUCAAAUGUUUAAUGAAGUUGUUAUAUUUAUUAUUUCCUUCAAAGAUUAUACAAACCCUUUUUUUUCUCGAUAGUUGCAGUGUAGGAAAAAAAAAGUGAAGACAACCAAAGAAUCAUAUCUGCAAAGUGUAGAUACAUGUAGAUAUUUGUAGAUAUAUGUAGAUAAUCUUAUUUCAUUUCAAUUGAAAAGACAUUGGACAGUGACAUUUAUAAAUAUUUUUUCUCUUCUUUCUUUCCUUCA